AUGGAGAUCCUCUCCAGUCUUCAAGGCCAGCUGAACAGCCUAGCGUCUCGAGUUCAAACGUCGAGCCAGAGCCCACCCGAACCCACCUUUGAGGCGACCGAUUGCAAUAACGAAGACUUCCUGUCAACUCUUAUGAACGAUGCGACCGCUAUUGGGGACUACGUGGGCGCAAUCGAGCAGAAUUGGCAAAAUCCGCCCCGGCCGAUAUACGGAUUGCCUAGCCCAGAUAAUAGCCUCAAUGCAUCAUCGCAAUCGCAAUCGCAAGCCGAACCACCGAGGGGCAGCUUUUCUGCCACGCAAUCACGGCACCCACCACAUCUAAACGUUACCUCAGAUAUCGAGUUCAAUGAAGUAGUCUUUGCCCAAGACAAAGCUUCUGCUGGCCAGACCCAAACACCAGCCUGCGAUGCCUCAGCUAUUCUCAAGUUCAGAGGGCUGAUGAGCCUGAAAGAUGCUAGGAGACUAUUAGGCGUAUAUCAGGAAGUGAUCGGUGAUCUUCACCCAAUUGUCGACAUUGAUGAAGUCCAGACGCGCGCUCGUAAUUGCUAUACCGAUGGAGACUCGACGACGUGGGAGUUCUUCACCGAGCCCGUCGAGGUCGCUUCCGAAGACGACCUGUUGAUUCUGAAUCUGGCUUUGUUGAUAGGACUUCAUGCCGAUGCGACACCGUCAAAACACGAAAGUGAAUCUAUCAUCCGAGAGAGUAUCCAGCCCGCUAUCAGCAGCAAACUUGCCGCCCAGAGGUCUACUAUGAAUGGGGUUAUAAUAGUCUUGCUCAAGGGCGCUUAUGAUUUCUUCAACGAUACGCCGCAAUCUGCAUGGCGCAUGUGUGGAACUGCAGGACGCAUGUUGAUGGAACUCGGGUUCCACAACGGCGUCAUGUCGGAAGACAUGCUCGAUUCACGGGCUCAACGUACAGAAGUAUGGGCUCUCAUGUCAAGCAUCGUCAUUCUCGACCGCCAAUGGAGUGCUGCCGCAGGUCUCCCGAGAAAUUUCCAGGAGAGCGCUUUCGGGCCCAUCAACACUUCUUCUAUUAAACUUCCAUAUCUCGAAGCCAUGCUCACAUUCAUCAAGCUCAGCGACAAGUUCAGUGAUCCUAUUUCCCAAGCGACAAAGUCACAACGAUACGACGACGAGGAAGCUUUCGAGGUCAUGAACUUCCGAAUCGAACAAUGGCGGAAGAGGGCGGUUGCGGACCCCUCUAUAAUCCAACUCUGGCACAGCAACCCCCUAAGCCAGCCUCCGACAUGGAAGAUCCUCUUGAAUCUCCGGGCCGAGUCUGUUCGAAGUCUCCUAUUCAAACCACAUUUCUUCUCAAAAGCCGACGUACAAACCAGCAAGCAGUACCUCCGACCCGCCAUUGAAGUGUUAUUCGACGUUUGCAACGUUCUUUACAAUCUGAACACGACAACGGACAUUUACCGCAAACAACAACCGUUCUAUCAGCCUCUUCUUGCAUCCGCAUCCGGGCUGGGCUUCGUGCUUACAUCAUUCCUUGAACACAACAGGUCAGCUGUGUUGGCCACUCUCUCUACGGAGGUUGCUGGAGCUAUGGGCCGAAGCUACGAGAUGGCUGUCGCCCUGGCGACUGUUAUCUGA